UUUUCAUUAUUUUAUACAAAUAAAUAAUAGUUUUCUAUUGUUGUAUUGAAUUUUGUUAUGAGAACUAGUUACAUCGCAAUUAACGGAUACAAUGGAAGAAAGACGAUAUUCGUCAUGGAUGCUGGAAAGGAUUGCAAUUGGAGACACCGUUCGUUUGCGCUUAGGUGCUAGUACACUGGGUCGUCAUUCAUCAAGUGUUAUACGUAUAAUGGAUUCAGGGUUUGUGUCCCGACAUCAUGCGGUAAUUGAAGUCACGGAUGAUAAUACAAGUGUGUCAAUUACGGAUGUGUCCAGUAAUGGCAUUUAUGUCAACGACGUACGAUAUGAAAGACAAACUGUACAACUAAAUAAUGGUGAUCGCAUUGGUAUCGGUGUAACUACUGGAGACUAUGACAAUGCUGAAGAUGUUCUAAAGCUACCAAUAUAUGAAUUAAAGUUGUCACCAAUAAGACCACUACGAAUACCAAAUGCAAACAGGCCACCUCCAGUACCAAAUGCAAACAGGCCAGCACCCGCACCAAUUUCUAAGCCAACAAUACCAGAGCCGCCAUCUGGAAGUAAUGGUAAUAAAAGUACUGAAAGCAAUAGUAAAAAAGCGGCUGACAAUAAUGCAAUUGAAGAUGAUAUGAAACCAUGUUGCAGUAAAACCAUAAAGGUGGAAAAAUUAAUCACUAACGAUGAGAUUUUCGAAAUAAGUGACGACGAUGAUGAUGAACGUGAUGUGGUGCAAAAAUCUAAACCCGAUCAAAUGGAUGUCAUAACACAGCCAAAAGCAAAAGAACCAGAGGAAAAAUCCAAAGAAAAACAACAUGAAUUGCAUACAGAUGCCACAAAACAAGCAUCUAACCCUGAUCAGAUGAAUGUAUUAACACAGCUUAAACAAAAUGAGCCAGAGAAAAAGUCCAAUGGGAAACAACAGGAAUUGCAUACAGAUGUUUUAAAGAAAAUAGAUAUGGUGAUCAAAAAUGAACCUAUCGAUGACAAAGACUACAUAAAUCCUUCGCAGAAAAGUCAAGAGAAAACUUGCAAUGAAGAAAUGUUGCCUAUAGCUAAGGAUGCUAAGGAAUCUUUAACAAAUGCCAUUAAUCCCACAACAGAAUCCAUUAAUGACAAUAAUAAUAAGGCACUAGAUAUAAAUAAAGCUAAACCACAAGGCUGUGACCAACAAGCUGCAACUGAGGGUGACUUAAACAAUAAAGAAAAACAAAUAUUAUUGCAUGUUCCAAUAAUUUCGGAUGUGAAAAAGGAACACUUACGUUCUGUCUCAGCCGAUAUACAAAAUAUAUUCGGAGACAUAGACGGCCACGAUGAAAUACAAAAGAAAAUUAAAGAAAUAAAUCCCUUAGUUUACAAAGAAAUUCAUGUAUCCAAAAACUUAAAACCUUUAGAUGGCGAUGACCAAUUACAAAUGCUAAAUAAUGGCGAUUAUAUAGUAUUAACUGAUGACGAAGAUCUGGAGGUGGAUGAUUUGGGUACCAUUGUUCAGAAUACUACGGAAAACAAAGAAAAUGAUACUACCACUACUGGCACUAUUACUAACAUGGAUACAGCAAAAAGUCCCAAUGUGUUUGAGGUUUCAUUGGAUAGCUCUAAAGAAGAAAUAAUCAUGGUGGGCGAAGUGCAACAAAAUAAUGAAGUGGCCAAGAAACCGGAUGUUACUGUACUCAAUGAUAAUAUAGAUCUGGAUGAAUAUACCAAAUAUGCUCCAAAUAGUGAUGACGAAGAUAUAGAAGAUCUUAUGUUUUCCCAGGUUAUCAUGAAUGACAUGAAAGCCGAGCUCCAAGAUGAAAUAGAUAACAAAGAAAACUUACCACUAACCGAUGCAAAUAUUGACCAUCAUGCACCAGUUGUCUCCAAUACGGACAAAGUAUUGGCCAUCAAAAAGGAACCUGGCUUAGAAGUGUUCUCUGUCGUUCCUAAAGAACUGGACAACUCUUGCUGGAUUGUAAGCGAUGACGAAGAUUACGAUGAAGAAUUGGAAACAAAAGUUAACGAUUGGUCAAAUAAAAUAUUCUCGCAGAGCUUUAAUCAACUGUCACAAAAUAUGUCUCAAGUCUAUGACAUAGAUGAAGAAUUCAAUAAUGAUUCUAAUGAUGACGACGAAGGUAAUGAGGAAGAUGACUUGUAUUUGCUGGAGGAUGAUAUUGAGGGCAUAGCAAAUAUCUACAAUAAUAACAAUGAGAGCGAAGUGGAUAUAAAGUUAAAAAAUCUCAAUGAUGAAUUGAAAAAAGCUAAAGAGCAGGCUUUUGAUGCUUUAAGCACUAAACCAGCUAAGGAAAGCAUAGAAAAGUUGGACAAAACUAAAAAUAACGUUGUGGAUGAACAAAAACAGGAGAAAAUGGAAAAUGUUUUGACAAAUGAAAUGAAAAAUAAAGAAAUUGAAACAUCUGUUAAAGAAAAAAGUCCAGUUAAUGAAAUUAAUAAGUCCAGCACCUUUACGGAUUCUCCCAUAGUACGCAUAAGACGUUUAAGCAAAACAACCCCUGUUAUACAAUCUCCCUCCUCUUCAGAAGACGAAUUUGAUUUAGAUAAUCAGAAACUAACCAAUGGCCUAAAAAGCGCUGAUGCAGACAAAUCCACUGCAAGACUAAUUCCGCCCGUUAUAGAGGCACCCUCAUUACCUAAACACAAAGGUAAACUCAGAGGAGUUUCAGCUGAAAUACACAAAAAGACCGCAACUAACUUUAAAUCUGCGUCUGUGCAGAAAACAUUUUCGUCUAUAAAAGAAAAAAUCCACCAUGAACGCUAUACUAAAGACAUGAAAAGAAAGUGGCUUGAAAAACCUAGCAUUGCUAAGAAACGCGAUAAAGAACAUACAAAAUACAUUAAGGAAUGCCGCAAGGAUAAACUCAAAGAAUUAGCUGAACGCAAAAAGAGUCCCACCAAAGAAAACAUAAAACGUAAAAUGUCCACAGAAGAUCAUGAUCACAAAGCAAAAGUUGCUAAAGUCAAAGUAACCACUCACAAUAGGGGAGCUUUUCUAGUAAAUAAUGACCCAACACCACUGCCGCCACCACCAGUGCAUAGCCACAAACCCGAACCAAUAGGUCAAUUUAAGAUACCAAAAGUUAUGAAGAGAAAUGAUGAACCCAAAAAAUCCAAUCCUAUUGAAGGACAAAACAAAAAGGAUCCUCUAUCACGUUCGCUUAGCAUAGAUGGCUUUGAGACAUUUUCACAACAAAUUGCUAAACCCGAUGUGAUAUUGCUCAAACGGCAAAACUCAGAUCCAAAAAAAUGCGAUAAACCUGCUACAAACAAUAAUAUCCAUAAACCACCACCACCUUUAAGAAGGCAUUCUACAACUGAGGCUCCCAAACGUCCAAUACAACCAAGUACUAAGCGUAGAGCUACUCCGCCACCACCUUCCAGUCCCAUUUGCAAAGAGGCAAUAGCUGCGCGAGCUGUGAGGACGACAAAUAAGAUAACAUUUGCCUCCAUGGAAAAGAACAUAGUAGAAAGUGAAGAAAAUAAACGUAAAUUAAGUGUUUUGAGCACCAUCAGCAAUCCAUUGACACCACACAAUACUGUGGCACAUCCUUCAAAUUUGAAAAGUUCCUCAACACCAAGUGCUACAAAGAAAACUGUACGCUUUAAUGAUACGCCCGUUAUACACUAUAUAGAACGUGUUACGGGCGCCUGUAAAAAGAUCAAUUACAAAGAUAUUAUGCCCAUGAGCACAUACAAAGAUCGUCGUCAUUCAAUUAGAACCACAUUUCCCAUUGUCGAUAAAACAGAUGACAUCAUUACGAACAUUCUUUGCUGGAGCAAUGAGUGGCUGACAAAACGUAAUGCUGCUGCAGAUGCUGCCAGUGAUGUCAUCUAUCCAAUGCCCACACAUUUCAGUUCAUUUGAACAAUAUAAAAGCAUUAUAUUUCCUCUAAUGAAACUUGAAUUUGUUAGUACACUGGAACAUGAAUACACUGAAACACAAAAUGUUAAAAAAUUCAAAGUAUCUCUAGAGUAUGCCACCCAUAACAAGGAUCGCAUAAUGUUGGUAACAAAAUUUUUGAAUAAUCAAACUAAGGAGCUUACCGAUAGUAGUAACUUUGAUUUAGUACUUUUGGAAACAGAUCAAAGAGGACCACAAAUAUUUGCCUAUGUUGUAGGCAAUCGUAAAGGGGCAGGUAUCUACAUAACGAUUGUUUACGAGAUUAUAGCAAAAAAUUUCACUCUCGAAUAUUUUAAAGCCAUUAAAGAAUUCGAAGUACGACCUGUUAUUGAUAGAGUGCGUGUACACUUUGGCUCCUUUAAUGCCAUCUAUCAAUUGGAGUCGACUCCUCUGUUCCAAAAAAUUAUAAAUCCUUUGGAAUUACUGAAAUGCCGGCCACCUCCCAAAAAGAAAGUCUCAUAUCGAGGUUUUGAUCCGUUGAAUGACAAACAAAAACAGGUUUUGCUAAAUACCUACACAAAAAUUAUCGAUGAAACUACACCGAACAUAACUUUAAUACAAGGCCCUCCCGGUACAGGUAAAAGUUGUGUCAUAUCCAAUCUAGCCCUACAAACGCUAUACGGUGAGGAAGUACGUUAUUUGGAUAAGAAAAUUCUAAUAUGUGCCCAAAGUAAUGCAGCCGUAGAUGUUAUAGCCAGCAAACUGUAUGAUAUUAGCAUGAGAAUGCGUCCGGAAAAGAGAUUUCGUAUUAUACGUUAUGGCAUGCUAAACAAAAUGAAUGAGAAUGUCUUGCCCAUCGCUUUACAGAAAGUUGUAGAACAUGAUCAGCUUAAAAAGUUGCAAGCUAAAAAUAAAAAUAUACAAUUAGAAAAUAAAGAGAAUCUUAAGAAUCAAAUAUUACAAUUUGAGGCUCAAGUGAUGGAGAUGUCUGCUCGCAAUAUCAAGGGCACUGUGGAGGAGGAUUUGCUGAUAGAGAAGAAACGUCAAUUGCAAUUGAUGCGCAAUAUAUUGAAUGAAAGUAUGCGGCCAGAAGAUGAACGCAGUUUAUACACUUGGUAUUUGAGUAAUGCAAAUAUUAUUUGUGCCACUCUAUCAAGUUGUGUUAAUUUGACGCAAUACAUUAAUUUCUUUGAUAUUUGCAUAAUUGACGAAGCAACACAAUGUAAAGAACCCUUUACAUUAUUGCCAUUGAAAUUUGGCAUUAACUCAUUAGUAUUAGUAGGGGAUACCCAACAAUUACCAGCUACCGUAUUAUCAAAGAAAGCCAACGAACUAGGUCUAGGUACCUCAAUGUUUACACGCAUCCAACACUGUUUGGAUAAUAUACCCUGUACAAGUGUUAAGGGCUCUAAUGUGGCCGUGACAACACCCAAUAAUAUUAUUUGUAGUUUACAAACUCAGUAUCGUAUGCAUCCAGAAAUUUGUCGUUGGCCAAAUCAAUAUUUCUAUCGAAAUGAAUUGAUUAAUGGCAAAACGAUCUUAGACUUUACCAAAUCACCGCUUGUGCCCUUUUGCAUAUUGAAUAUGGCAUAUACACAGCAUAACUUUUCCAGCAAUGGCAAAAUCGAAAAUAAUUUAGAGGCAGAUUUUGUGGCCAAAUUGUUAAAGGCCUUAGAUGGUUUCAUACCCAAUAAAUAUAAUAGCUAUGGUGUUAUAACACCCUAUGCCCAUCAUCGUGCUACAUUGGAAUCGUCAAUAAGAUCUAUGGGCUUAACGAACAUAAUGGUGAAUACCAUUGAUUCGUAUCAGGGACUUGAAAAAGAUGUUAUUGUUAUAUCGAAUGCCCGUACUCGUGGUAUUGGGUUUCUCUCUAAUCCCCAACGUUUAAAUGUGGCCUUGACCCGCUCAAAAAAAUGUCUUAUAUUGUGUGGAAACUUUAGGAAUUUAGAGACUGUACCUGCUUGGCGUUGCCUGUUAGAAAGUGCUCGCGAACGUAAAUUAUAUCACGAAAUCAGCGAAAAUUGUAUAGCAGAUAUACAAACAAAUGUAAUUGAAAAAAUUAAGUUAAAAAAUCAAUGAUUAUUUACUCAAUUCUCAUAAGAUUAUUUAGCAAUGGCAAAAACUGAGGCUUAGGUGGGAGAAUAAAAUAUUACAAAUUAUUACUUUCUCACAAAUCAUUGGCUGACACAACAAAAUACAUUAAUUAACAUGUAAUUGUUGCAUCAGUUAGAGUUAUGACCUCAGAAUUGUUACCUCUCCCGUCACAUUUUUUAACUAUUUAAGUAUAUACCUAAGAUCCUGUUUACCUUGGAGUGGCUUUUAAAAUUGCUUUGAAAUUUGAUUAGGAGUUCAUUGAUAAAAUAAGAUGCUUAAAGUCACCAUAUAUCCAUUAUACGCUACGUGAGCUACUACGUAGCGCAGGCGAGAGAUCACACAAAAACCGGGUUUUUGAAUAUAUCUCGCUUAUUUCCUAUAAAUGGAUUAUACUUCGAAAACGGUUAAUGGAUGGUACGCAAAUAUGAUCUUAAGCCAAAAUUGUUUAAUUAUUUCUAAAUGCGAAGGAUACGAAAUACCGGAGAUGUCUAGCGUAUCAGACAAUUGAUUUAUGGUGACUUUUAGUACCUUAUAUACAACAUCAGAACUAAGAUCUAUACCUAUUUUCAUUUAAAUAUCUAUUAUUACGCAGUUCUGUAAUAUAUACUAACCUAGAAGAUCUCCAAUAUAAAUAUGCUCUCAGUUUUCGAUUAUUUUUAUCGAAAUAUUAUUAUUUCUGAUAUCUGACCAGAAAAUAAAACGAAUAAAUAUACAACUAGUUUUUUAAAAGAUGUAUUUCAGAAAUUUCAAAAGUUUCUAAUUGUAUUUCACAAAGUUCCAAUUUUAUUUCAGAAUUUUUAAUUUGCAUUUCUGUUAGAAAUUUCAGAAAUACAAAUGAAAAAUAUAAUUUAAACUAGAAACUUCUGAAAUAUAAUAAGGAAUUUCUGAAAUACGAUUUGAGACUUCUGAAAUAUGUAUCACACAUUACACAGAUACGAAACAAAUGACAGUUCUCAAAAAACUAAUAUCUACAAUGGUUGUGGUUUGCAGAGCGAGAGUAUAUUAAUACAAUUUUCAAUAGGAAACGAUUGUGAUAUAUAUUUGUCCCUCUUUCCAAAGCAUAAGCAUUUUGACAUUUUCUUUUCUUUGUUUUCUAUUGCCAUAAUACUUGAACUGAAUGCGUCCUGAAAAGAGAUUUCGAAUACGUUAUGACAUGCUAAACGAAAUGAGUGAGAAUGUUUAAACCAGCUGAUUCAUAUCUGUGUAAUCUGUGAUAUGUAUAAUUUAAAAUGUAGUAAGAUUUUCAAAUUAUAGUGAGAAUUUCUACAAAACCUCCAAAUUUCUUUGUUUAUAUACUUUUUAUUAAUGUAAAAUGUUUUCUAAAAAAUAUAAAAUAUGAUUUAUGUACCUA